AAAGAGAGCGGCGCAGAUUCCGGCAUUGCCUCCCACAUGUAUUUCACACACAAACUACCUCUUUUUCUUCUUUUAUCUUCUCACAGUUUUAAAAAUUCAUCUCACUUUUUCCACGCAUCAUAUUAGAGUGAACCAAUUAGAGUCUCAGAAUCACUCACUCCAUCCUUCUGUAACCGUCACCAGAAAAGAAGGCUAUGCCCACUAACGACGAUUUUCAAGGCGUUUCAAAUUGCUAUGUGUUUAAGAGCCGAUUGCAAGAGUAUGCCCAGAAGGCCGGGCUGCCCACUCCUGUAUAUGAAACUAUCAAGGAAGGGCCUUCUCAUGAACCUUCUUUCAGGUCAACAGUGAUAGUGAAUGAUGUUCGGUAUGAUUCUUUGUCUGGAUUUUCCAAUCGUAAGGCAGCAGAACAGUCGGCUGCCGAAGUUGCUUUGGUGGAGUUGGCCAAAUCUAAUGUUGUUAAUCACUCCAUCACUCAACCUGUUCAUGAAACAGGAUUAUGCAAAAAUUUACUUCAGGAAUAUGCCCAGAAAAUGAACUAUGCAAUGCCUAUGUAUCAGUGCAAAAAGGAUGAAACACCUGGUCGAGCAUCAGUAUUUUCAUGUACGGUGGACAUUGGAGGUAUACUCUAUAUUGGGGGAGCAGCAAAAACCAAGAAGGAAGCAGAGAUUAAAGCUGCCAGAACUGCUUUAUUAGCUAUCCAGUCAAGUGCAUCUCAUGCUUCCCAAAACCAGGUUGGCCAUCCACAGUUGACAGUCCUUCCAUGCAGGAAAAGGGCAGCAGAAUCUGUUUCGAUAGCCGAUGAGAAUUCAAAUCCCCCAAAGCCUAAGAAAGCACGGUUUAAAAGGAAAUCUUCUAAGAGGAAAAAUCCCAGAGAUAAGUUAGGCCCAAUUCAUACUGAAAACGUGGGUAUUGGAACAAAUAUUAAUCAUGAAGUAGAAACACAAGCAAGUGUUAAUGGUGAAUCAGGCCUGCAAGAAAUGAAAUCUGAAAAAUUCACUUCAGAAGUCAUGAAGAAUUUAGAGGAUGGAAUAUCAUUUAAUUAUCCUGAUAAAGAAGCAUAUGCUGUGGAGGGUUCUUUUGUUUUUGAAAAUGGAAAGUCAGCAGAAAUAUAUUCCAAGGAGAACAAUCUUGGGACUGUUGUUACGGAUCUCUCUUCAGUGUCUAAUGGUGACAUAUUGGAAACAAGUGUGGAGAUGAACAAACAGCUAUACAACGGAGAAAUGGUUUCAGACCAUUGUGUUGUGGGGGGUUGAGGCUUAAAGUAUUAAAUUAUUAGAAUGCAAAGAUUAAACUAUUAGCACGGAAGAUAAGAUUCAAGCAAUGCUGGUAAUUUAUUAAUAGGAACCUUGAGGAUUCCAACUGUUUUUCUUUGUUGGGUGUCACUCAAUUAGGAAAGUAAAAUAUAGGAUGUGAUAAUUCUCAAAGCAUGUUGAUAAUUUUUAUGAGUGAUCUGAUGAGGAUGUGUAACACCAUUUAUUUAUAUUGUAUUAGAAUAUUUGAGUUAUGUUCCUUUUGUCCACGACACGGAGCCUGGAUUUGGACGGGUUUGAGUUUUUAUGAAAAGUGCAGUUUCCUUUUA